UCCGGUGACAUUUUCUCUGGCGUCGGGGGCGCGGAGCGGCGGCGGCGGCAGCAGCGAGACGCGGCUCCUCCCGGCCGCCCAUGCCCCAGCUGCUCCCCCGCGAGGGGGAGGCCAGGAGGGGCCCGCGUCGUCCAGGUUGCUGUGUUGCUGAAAUCCAUAUCUAGUUCACCCGGUGUUCCAGACGACGUGCUCCAUGCUCUGAGCCCUGCAGGAGCUCGGCAUUCUGCAAUGAAGAUGGAGGCGGUGGGAAAAGCAGAAGAACUCGUUGAUUCAGAAGUUCCACCAAAGACUUCUGAAAAGCAAGAGACGGCUCCUGAUGAAGAUGGACCUAUAGAACUGGAGACACAAACUCAGAAAGAUAACGUGCCCGCUGUAGCAGACUCUGCAGUGCUCUCCUCCAUGCCUUGCUUACUGAUGGAACUGAGGCGAGACUCCUCAGAGUCUCAGCUGGCGUCUACAGAAAGCGAUAAGCCAACGGGUGGUCGAGUUUAUGAGAGUGACUCUUCUAAUCAUUGCAUGCUUUCCCCUUCUUCCAGCGGGCAUUUGGCUGACUCAGAUACAUUGUCUUCCACAGAAGAGAAUGAGCCCUGUCAAGCUGAAGCUGCUGUAGAGGGAGACCCUUCUGGGGUGUCUGGGGCUGCAGUCGGGAGGAAAUCCAGGCGAUCCAGGUCCGAAAGUGAAACUUCAACAAUGGCUGCCAAGAAAAACCGACAGUCUAGUGAUAAGCAGAAUGGCCGAGUUACCAAGGUAAAAGGUCAUCGAAGCCAAAAGCACAAAGAAAGAAUCCGGCUGCUAAGGCAGAAACGGGAGGCAGCUGCUCGCAAGAAGUACAACCUGCUGCAGGACAGCAGUACCAGUGAUAGUGACCUGACGUGUGACUCGAGCACGAGUUCAUCAGAUGAUGAUGAAGAGGUUUCAGGGAGCAGCAAGACAAUCACUGCAGAGAUACCAGCUGGCUUCAGUCGUGCUGGGGGAUCUGGAGGAGCGACCAGGGAAAUUCCAGGAUUGCUUGACAGGGGCACCGUGUGGGAUAGGAACUGCAUAGGCAAUGUCCUGGAAGAGGCCAUGAACUGCUUUGCCGAGAUGCAGAGGCAGACAGAGGAGAAAUUUCGCAUGUGGAUAGAAAAGCUAACCCGUCUUGACACGGAUGAAGAAAGCAAGCAACAACUGGAGCCCAGGGAGCCUAAAAUGCAACUAGUUGGCCAAAGAAUCCCCCCUACCACGCAGUCAGGGGCAUUCAUGCAGAUGCCUGAUAGCCAAGUACUUCCGCAGCAGUCGUUUAAUUCUUACGUGGGCUAUCAAAAUGUUGAUGCUACACUAGAGUUUCCGGCGACUUUUAAUAACAAUUUUCCACCCAUCUUUCCAGAAAAUGGGAAUAUUGCAGAGCAUGAUUUGAAUCAAUCACAAACUUAAAACAAAUUAUCUUUACAAACUUGAUGUUACUUUGGAUUAUGCUAUAAACAAGGUUUGCUUCUCUUUUCGUAUAUGUUUGUUUUGUUUUUCUCUUUUGGGUUUUAUUACCAUGGUAUCAUUUUUUUAUUUAUAGAGAAUGUAUAUGUAGUUUAAAAAAAACCACAGUACACCCAUGUGCAUGUGCCAGCACACACAUACAGAUGCUCUUAACAAAAAAACCACCCUAAGCUUUCCUCACCAAACUUGGGAAAAUAUAACUUAGAAUCCUUGUUUAGAAACCCUGGGAUCAGUAGAGCUAUGUUUGUUACAAUAGGAACAUUCAGAGUAUUCAUCCAAAUGCUCUUUUUGCAUGUUAAACCAUUUAUAUAAUGAAAUAAGCUUUAUAUUUAAAGAUGUAAAGUACCAUAGAGAAUGAGAUUAGAAGCAGACCCAUAACAUUUCCUUAGCUAUCUGUUCAUUCCCGAGUUUUACAACUUGAACAUGACACACAUUAGUUUUUCUUCUUCCUUUUAAGGCAGAAAUCAUGAAUAAGCUUAUAACAAUAUAACAAAUGUGCACAAUUAUUUUUCAUCUCCCAUUUAGUAGUUCAUUUUCUGUCCAGAGCUUUUAUUAAUGUCACUGCUGUGUUGCAUAUGGCGUAUUUAGGGGAAGCGGCUGUAUUACAUUGUGUGCACAGAUACCCAAAUACAUACAUAUGUAUGUAUUCACCUUGGGUGAAAAUCAUAUCCUCUAAUUUUAGGUGCCUGGUUUGCUCUUCUGCUGAGCUCCUUCUGAGUCGAGGGAAAGAGAUAAGCACCUACAAAGAUACCUCCUGGCAAUGUCUUUCUCUCCCAUUAGUUGUCUAAACUCCCUGUAUAAACAGUUUAGAAUAGAUAACUUUCAGCUAAAGUUGGGCGAGAUGAAUCACGCCCAAAGUAUGCGUGUGUGCAUGCAUGACCUGUGCACACAAGACGUUGCUGCUUUCCAAUGUAUAUACGAUCAAACUGCAUCUUUCAUGCUGGAAUAAAAAUAGUAGCGUCAGUCCUGAGGUAAGCGGCUGUCGGUGGAUGAAUCGAGUCUUGGCACAGGAAUUUAAAAUACGAGGCUUAACAGUCAGAUUAGUAAACGUUGUGGUGGUCUGAAGAUACGGUUUGCUGGUCUGGAUAAGACAGCAAGAGCUUCUGCAUCACCUUUGAGAUCCACUGAGAUGGUUAUUUACUUGUGAUUGGGAAUGCUGGAACAUUAGUUUCAUUUAAAUAAUACAAUAACUGCUAUUGUGUGGAGUUUUUUAUACUGAUAGUUAUCUUGCAUAGGCAGGCUUGAAACUGUGAUGUUUAAAGUAGGAUUAAUUUAAACUGUAUAUUAGAAAUACCUAUUUAAUUCUUCUAUUAUCAGCACACACAGGGAUUUUUGGUCACCUCUCUAGGAAGGCCUUUCUUCAUGUGAAGUAAAUUCUCCAUAGCUACCAAAAAUGUAUAUUUAUCAUCAGUUAGAAUUUAUUAAAAGUUUCUAAUGCAAAUAAAAUCAAAAUAUAAUAACGGAAAUUAUAAGUUUUUUGCAUAGACAUAAUUUAAGUAAAAAGAACGUUGUAGGUCUCUCUUGGCUCUGAAGUUUUGUUUUUUACACCACAGUCACUUCUGGUUUUUUUCAAAUCAUUUUAGUGUAAAAUAAAUUUGGUGGAAAUAUCACUUUAUCUUCUGUAGGCCUGAUUUCCACCCCCCACCCUCUCAAGUCAGUGGGCGUUUUUCCAUCAAUAUACAUGGAUUUUGGAUCAAACCUGUAAUGGGAACUCAAGAAAUGCUUUUUAUUCUUAGUUUAAUACUAACAUUGGUGUGUUAAUAUUCUUCUUGGCCCAGACAGUUUUUUUUUUUUUUUUUUUUUAGUAUAUGAUGCCUUCAUUAAAAAAAAUGAGGUUAGAGAGCUGUAUUAUUUUCAGAGUAACUGUUGGAAAGACUAUGCAGGGGAUAAUUUUUAAGUACUUUACAGAUCACCUUCAUGCAUAAUUUUGAUACAAAGAUUUUGAUAUGAACUUGUAAGAAACUCCCUCAUCUGAAAUUAUGUUUGCAUUUUUAACUAUAGGCAAACUUCAAAGGAGUUAUUUUGUGUUUGAUUGCGAUUUAAUAAACUCGUCCUCACCUGUUUAAAAGCUGAGCUCCUUCAGGGAAGAUUAACUGUUGAUUUAAAACAUACUGAAUCCUUCUGGUGUUCAUAGAUUUGAUAUGUAUACCUUUAUGAUGAUAAUAAGAGCAGCGUAUUUUAAAGCAUGACAGCUUUACAUGUCUUCCCAUGCAUGCAGAAGCGGCUUUUUGUGGUGACUGUUUUUUUUAAUGUGUAGGAGUCACUUAACUCAGUAUGUCUGUAAGCAUGCCCUUAACGAUUUCUAUAAAAUAGUGUCUAUGGAGCAAUUAGGUAUUUUAAAAUGAACUGUGUAAGGAGAUCAGUUGAAUUUAUUUUUCUCUCAGACUUAUAAAGACUUUUAUGUACUGAUCUCAUAAAUGGAUAAUAGUGGAUAACAAUGGAUAACUGCAUUAGGGAUGUAGGCAGGGAAAUUUUUGCCAACCUUCAGUAUCUUGGUUAGGUAACUUUUUAAAAAACUGAAGCUGAUCCUUAAGCAUAUUAAUGGAUACAAAUUUGGAUUUGGUUACUAUAGGCAACAAUAAAAACCUAGCCAUUAUCGCUAAUUGUUUUUUUUUCCAUGCAAACAACAGUGAAUGGGAAAGAACAAGCAGCAAAUUAUAGCAGUUGAACAUACAAAUUUUUAAACUGUGCUCUUUCUAGGGUAAAAUAAGUCAAAGGCAUCCAGAAGCCUGAGGAGGAUAUGGUUUGUAUUAGAUAUAAUUUUAACUUAACUUCCCCAUGAAAGCUAGAUAGUAUUAAGAAUACCUGUGCAAGAGCAGUGGUUGUAAAUGGUUUUGUAAAUGGUAAAUAUUGUUUUGUUUGGUCAAUCUUUUCAUUUGCUUCAAACAUGGAGCAAGAUCGUCAGCUGUCAUAAGUCAGCUCCUUCGAAGUGAAAGCAGAUGUUGGCUUAUGCAGUUGAGUAUCUGCUCCAUUAGCUUGUUUUUUGUGUGAAGAAGUACGUUUCUCCUCCUGGGAGAGGAGAGGGGACCCUUCCUUGGUGUUGUUUAGGUGUACCAUGACAUACUUGAUGGAGAUGAUUGCAGAAUUGGCAGGAUGUGCAAUUAAACAGAAGCAUCUGUCUUCUUGCUUUGCUUUAUGCAUUGAAAAGAUGCAGCCUAUUGCAGGAAGCUGACCUUCAUCUACUGAUACUCGUGAUGAGUCUGUAUUUAAAAUGUGUGUGCAGCAGCAUUUGGCAUCUCUCCAACAAAACAGACUUCUGGAUUCCUGAUGCGUAAUCCAGUUUCAGAUUUUUUUUUUCCUUGGAAAACUGGAAAUAUUUUUGCUAUACUAUAUGACUGUAGUUAAGUUUGUCGUGAUUUCCAUUAUAAGCUCUUAUUUUCAAAAGGCUUUGACUAGAAACUUUCAGGGAGUUAAAAUUUCUUCCACUGAGAUUUUAACAUAAAUUUUAAUCUCAUCCAUUAACUACUACAUUAAAAUAGUUUGGCCUUGUUUAAAGGUAUCAGAGGGAAACUCUUCUACUCUUCAACCUGGAGCUAUAAUUUUGAAUGUAUUUGUAUGUUCAGAUGUCAACGUGUUACUUCAAAAACACCAAAUUUAGGCUGAGAGAAAUCAACAGGAGUUUUAAGCAGAUGUGUAGGAUCAUAGGUGAUAAUUCAGAGUUUCUCCAAUUACCCUAUGUUUUAUAUUUCAGAAGGGAGUAAAGAAGCAUUCUAGUUUCUUAAAAAAUUUAUUUGUGAUCUUACGGUUUUCCAUGAAAGAAUAAAUGCACUGUCAGAUAUUCAGCUGGUGUAAACUGGCAUAAUUCCAGCGUUGGUGGUGCCAGUUUAAAACCAACUGAUGGUCUGGCCUAUUCAAUUUUAUACGUUGGCAUUUUUAAUACCGAAUUAGGGGUUUUUAAGCAUGGCAGACGUUCAUGCAUGGGAGUAACAGAACACUCGUGAGUGCAGAUUCAGGAUUUAGUUGCAGGUGAAACAUAGCUACUUCAUUAAUAUUUUUUUACAAGUGCAAAUGAAACAGAAGUCUUUAUAUAGAAAGCUAACUUUAAGUGUCACUAAGGAUCCGUGUUACACUGACAAGUCAGUAAAUGAACAUGUAAAUGAUCUGCUCCUAGGGUUGGACCCUGUGCAGAAAUCCCUAGAAGGCUCUCGGGCUUUCAGGUGCAGUACGAUCACAGGCUCGGAGAUGGCUGUAUUUGGGCCACUUCCCUCCCUUUAGUUGCAUUUUAUCUGAGGGCUAGGGGUUUUACUUUGCAUGCCUCUAACAAAAUGUGUGUCCUUUUAGGUUUCAUUACCAAAAAAUUGUGUUUUUUUUUUUUAAUUUCAAGUAUACAACAAAAAUUCGCUCAAGCAAAGAUAGCAAAACUCUUCAGUGUUUCUAUUGCAAAAAAUAAAUCCACUGAGAGGACAAAAAGGAAAAAAAGUUCUCAGACCUUUCAGUUAUACUGAUCUUCAAGUGUUACUCGUAACAGUGUUAGGACAAUAUAAUUCAGGCAGAAAUCCACAUCUCAAAUAUUUCAGGUUCGCAAUGUGCUUUAGUGUUUUUGCAGGAUUCUUAGGGAAUUUUGUCAGAGCUGCUGAGGUUAAGAAUGGAGGGCCAAUCUUAACUUAAAUAAACUGGGAUUAUAUUUGGCAGUUAUUUUACAAAUUAAACCAUAUUUAUUAUCAGCGAUUUUUCUUGUUAAUAUAUUUUUUUCUCUUCCUGUAUCCCAUGCUGUAAAUUUAUUAUUUUUUUAAAUAAUAUUUCAAGGGCAUUAGAAGUUAAAUCUUAGCCCCAUUAAAACCAGUAGAGAAUUUCUGCUCGUUUCAAUGGGGCUAGCGUUUCAGCUCCUCUUCCAAACGGAGCGUAGCCUGCUUUUCAGGGAAUACACCGGUUGACUUUAGCGGGAGUCUCUGCCUGGUUAGCGGGCGUAGAUGAGGCCCGCCGAGUAGGCGUGUGAUUUCGAAUCAAGAUAACCGAGGUCUGUGCUGUGACGGCUGCGGUUACCUUUGAAAGUAUUUGAGCAAUUGCGCUGUAUAAUUUGUACUGUAGAAGCUAAAUAUUCAGGCUGGUUGAUAACGAUGGACGGUACCUUGCGAAACGUGAUGCUGGAAACCUGCCUUUCCCACCAAUGUUCUCGGUCUCAUAUGGUGUUAGAUCAGCGAAAUGAAGGCACGUGGGGAAAAAAAAAGCAUUGUUUUUUUUUUUUUUUUUUUUAAAAAAAAAAAGAUUUUGGGUGCUGUGCUCAGUCUCAGACGGAUGCAGCAGAGGGCUAGUCCGGCCCGUGGAAGUUGUGCGCUGUGUCCGCAGCGGUCCUUCCCUGGGAAGGUGCACCACCAAGCCGGUGGUGGCUCCUGGAGGGCCACGUGCAUGUGCUUGCCUGCCUUUGGCCAUCGUGACUUGUAUCUACAUCGGGGUUUUUUGGCUAGCAGAGCUUUUUAAGAGUAGGACGUGAGUGUUUUCAAAAACCCCCUGCAAGCAAAGCUCUGGGGUAGAGACCUGGCUUAUAUGCCUGCUUCUACACUUAAUCAGUCAUCGGGUGGCAAAAUAAAUGAUAUGUUAAACAUCAAAUAUGAAGCACGCACCCAUGUGCCACGUGCCUUUGCUUAACGCACAACGAAAGUAACGCUACUGGGUGUUUGUAUAUAAUUCGGUGAAUCAAAUCCAAGAUAUUUUCCAUCUAGUCAUCAAAAAGCCUGAAAGAAUGAAUGUUGAGCAGCAAGACUUGAAUUUUUUGAGAUCUCUUUUGGUGUGAUAUAUUAAAAAUGAUCCAGUCUGAGAACAGAUACUCAUUUAAUCAUGUCGUUUUGAUUUUAUUAUUACCAUUAAAGAAAAAAACUUUACUGUGUGAAAUGAAGGAAAAUAUGAGGAACAUGGAUUUCAUCAGUAAUUUUUUUGUUCACUUUAUGAUUUUAGGGAGAAUGUUGUUACACUACUAUGGUUUUUAUUGUAUUUACAGUGUAUCCUUUGCCUAACCCUGUAAAUUUUGAAAUGUAACUACUGUAACCUGGAAUAAAUAAAUAAAUAUAAAUAGUAAUAAAGUGUUUCAUGUUACUAAACAAUAUAUAAAAGCAAAAA